AUGACCCCGUUCCGGAUCCUCCAAGCCAACCUCAACCACUCGGCCAGGGCGCAGGACUUACUUGUCCACUGCCUGGCCGAGUUAGGUGUGGAGUUGGCGGUCGCCGCGGAGCCAUACCGCGUCGCCGACCGCCUGAACUGGGUGGCCGACGCGUUGGGCUCCGUGGUGAUAGUGGGCGGCGACACCGCGGCCCUCCGCGUGUUCGCCCGCGGCGACGGGUUCGUCGGGGCGGAGUGCGGCGGCCUGGCCCUGAUCGAGGUCUACGCCCCUCCGAGUGCCCCCCUCGCGGUUUUCGAGUGGCUGCUGGACGGGGUCCGGGACGCAUUGUCCCGCUCUCCAGUAGCCCGAACGCUCGUGCUGGGCGACUUCAACGCCAAGUCCACGGCGUGGGGUGGCCCAGCCACGGACGCAAGGGGUCGGGCAGUGCUGGAGUUGGCGGCGAGCGCGAACCUCCGGCUGCUUAACCGGGGCUCCUACCAUCCCGCUCGCGGACCCGCGCCGGGCCGACCGCCGCGCAGAUGGCCGCUGAAGCGCUUGGAGAAGGACGCCCUGAUGGCGGCCGCCCUCGCCGCGUCCUGGCCGGAUACCCCGGCUGGACCGGUCGUGGACGUCGAUCGGGAAGCUGACUGGUUUCGGGAGUCAUUGACGGUGGAGUACGACGCCACCAUGUCCCGACCCAGGAAGCUCCCGAGGCGGGCCGCUUACUGGUGGUAUUUAAUGUACGGGGUCCAGGUUAGUUUGGUAUCAAAAAUGAGACCGAGUAUUUUAACAUUAUCUACAAAUUUAAGUUUGGUAUUUCCCAUGUAG